AUGGCAGACGACAAUGAAGAAGAUUUUGGGCCAAUGCCAAUGCCCGAUAUGUCAAAUAAGAAGAGGAAGGUGCUCACGCACGAGUCAACGUAUCUCAACAAUCUCCCGCUCAGCGACAGAUAUACAAAGUCCUUUAUGCACAGAGACAACGUCCUCACGGCAGCGACCACAAAGACAAACUAUAUCGUGACUACAUCUGUCGAAGGUACCAUUAAGUUCUGGCACAAGGAGCCCAAAGGAAUCGAGUUCAGAAAGCAAUUCAGAGCUCAUUUGCAGCCGAUUGUAGCUACAGCUGUCUCCAACGAUGGCAGCCUGGUGGCUACGCUAUCAGAAGACAACUCUGUCAAGGUUUUCGAUGUCGUCAGUUUCGAUAUGAUCAACAUGUUCAGUCUGGACUUCCCCCCUUCAACAUGCGCAUGGAUACAUAGUCCUAGCCAAGGCGGAUCUGUCCUAGCUAUUUCCGACAAGAACUCAUCGGCCAUGCAUCUCUUUGAUGGCAGAGGAGACGGUAAACCCUUCCAUACUCUCACCAGCAUCCACAACAAGCCGGUCAACAUCAUCAAGUACUCAGACAGAUACGAUACUGUUAUUUCAGCUGACAUCGGUGGUAUGAUUGAGUACUGGUCACCUCAUGAGCCGUAUGAAACACCAAAAGAUGUUCCACGCCUUUGGGAGUUUAAAUCGUCUACCGAUCUGUACGAAUUUAGGAAGGCUAAAGCACCCCCAACCUCUAUUGCACUUUCACCGGACUCAAGUCACUUUGUUGCGUUCUCAAUCAAAGACAGAAAGAUCAGACUUUUCAAUUUCCUCUCUGGUAAGCUUACGCGAAAGUAUGAUGAAUCGCUGGAGGCUGCUAGUGAAAUGCAGCAAGCAGGCACAGCUAUAUACAAAUUAGAUGAUAUGGAAUUCGGCAGAAGACUAGCAUUGGAGUCUGAGAUACAAGAGAACGAGCACGCAGUGUCAAACAUGAACGUCAUAUUUGACGAGAGCGGUAACUUUAUCAUCUACCCAACGCUCUUAGGUAUUAAAGUUGUGAACAUUGUCACAAACAAGGUUGCCAGAGUCCUUGGAAAAGACGACUCAAUAAGAUUCCUAAAUGUCUCGCUUUAUCAAGGUGCACCGACGAAAAAAGGAUUCAUGACUGCCCAAAUGGCUGCUUCUGACAAUCCAAUCUUGCAAGAGUCUCAGGCUCGUGAUCCUAUACUCUUCUGUUCAGCGUACAAGCGUCCCCGUUUUCAUCUCUUUUCGAACUCCGAGCCUGAAGGAUCUGGAGAUCGCGAUGUUUUCAAUGAAAAACCAACUCAAGAGGAACAAGCUAUGACAGUCGCACCUGUCCAAAAGCAGAUUAGACAAAGACCAGCGGCAGGAAAGGCGAUUUUGCAUACAACAUUGGGCGACAUUACUUUGCGAUUAUUCGCUGAUAAGGCACCUAAGGCUGUCGAAAAUUUUACCGGACAUGCCAGCAGCGGCUACUACGAGGGCGUGAUAUUCCACAGAAUCAUCCGUAGAUUUAUGCUUCAAACAGGUGACCCACUUGGUGACGGUACUGGUGGAGACAGUAUCUUUGGCCACGACUUCGAAGAUGAGUUUCAUCCAGACCUGUCUCAUGAUAAGCCAUACACGUUAAGCAUGGCAAAUGCAGGACCAGGAACUAAUGCGUCGCAAUUUUUUAUAACCACAGUGCCAACACCGUGGCUGGAUAACAAGCACACGGUAUUUGGUAGAGCGAUUUCAGGGAUGGAUGUGAUACACAAGAUCGAAGAACUGAGAGUAGAUAGGAAGGACAGGCCCGAGGAUCCACCACAGAUAUCAACGAUGGAAGAUAAACCAGCGAAAGCGCAUCAGCAAGCGCAUGCGGGUAGAAAAGCAGAAAAGAAGGCGAAGAAGGUGGAAGGAAGUAAUGGGAAAGAGAAGCCAAUCAAUCACAAGGCUUUUAUUAGUUCAAAUAUAAACACACAGAACAGGAAUAUUAUGAGGAACGCUGAGAAAAAUCAGAAGAGACUGCAUGUACCUCUGGUCGAUAGAACACCAGGCGUUGAUCAGGCGCCACCAGUGCUCGUAGCGGUAGCAGGCCCACCAGGUGUUGGGAAAACUACACUGAUGAAAUCACUCAUUAGACGCUACUCGAAGCACACGAUCAACGAUAUCAAAGGACCUGUCACAGUCGUUGCAGGAAAAGCUCGUCGUAUCACUUUUGUUGAAUGUCCUAACGAUAUCAGUUCUAUGAUCGAUAUUGGCAAAGUUGCAGAUUUGGUACUGAUGCUUAUUGACUGCACAAGUGGAUUCGAAAUGGAGAGCAUGGAAAUGUUCUCAAUCAUGCGCCAACACGGUUUCCCAAAGAUCAUGGGUAUUCUGUCGCAUGUCGAUUUGAUCAAGAAGCAAGCUCAUUUAAGAGCCCAGAAAAAGCGACUGAAGCAUCGUUUCUGGACUGAGACGUACGCUGGUGCUCGUCUUUUCCAAUUAUCUGGUGUCAUUAACGGGAGGUAUCCAAACAACGAGGUACUGAACCUCACCAGAUUCAUUUCGGUUAUGAAGUUCCGUCCACUUAUCUGGCGCAAUACACACCCUUAUCUUAUAGCAGACAGACUUGAAGAUCUGACAGAAAGAGAAGUUGUGAGACAGAAUCCAGCAAUUGACAGGAACGUCACGCUUUACGGAUACGUUAGAGGUGUUCCACUGAAGCAGCAGACAACAAUACACAUACCAGGCGCAGGCGAUAUGAAUAUUAAAAGUCUUGAAGCAUUAGACGAUCCUUGCCCACCACCAACAAAAGAUAGCGAAAGGAAGAGAAGAUUGGCUGACAAGCAGCGUUUAAUCCAUGCUCCUAUGUCAGAUCUCGGCGGUGUCAGAUACGACAAAGAUGCUAUCUGGGUCAGAGUGAACGGCAAUUUUGACAAAAACUCAUCAGAAGCCAAGGGUGAGGGUGAAAAGAUGGUCAUGGACCUUCAAGACGCUCCAUCCACGCUCGAGGAGUCAAUCAAGAAGUCUCAAAUUCGCUUGCUCGGUGGUUCGUCGAAAGCUAUCCAACACGACAAGGAAGAUUCAGACGAUGAACAUGGCGAGGAGCUAGAUUCAAAUGCUGAAGAUGAAGAUGAAGAUUUGUCCGACAUAGAAGAUGAGGAAGGAGUUGACAACGUUGAUGACAAGGGCCGUACGAAUAUGCGUAGAGGUCGUUUUUACGAAGGUGGCGGAGAGGACAAUAUCCAGGAGGAUAUUGCAUUCGAUGACAGUGAUUCAGAGGUUGACCUAGAGGAAGAGCAAGGUCAUUUCGAACAAGACGAUGAAGAUAAUCCUGACCUUGAAGAUGACGAGAAUGAGGACGCUGACGGUGAGGAGGAUGUGCCCAGAUGGAAGCAAAAAAUGGGCGAACACGCAUCACUCGUCGCAAAGCAAUCAAAGAACAAAGGAGAUUUAAUGUCUUUGAUUUACAAUUCUGAUCUUACUCCCGAGCAAAUCGUUUACGGAGAUGAUGCUGUUGAAGAGGAGGAAGAUGAGAAUAAUGAGGAUGACUUCUUCCAGGUCAAGAGAACACCUAAAAAGAGUCAAUACGAAGGUCAAGUAGAUAUUAUCCGCGCGCCAAUCAGCCAAGAUAUUGUAGAAAAAUGGACAGAUGAGGACACACUUGACUCUAUUCGUGGACUAUUUAUCACAGGCGCCGACCAAAAUGAAGGCGGUGAUGACGAGAACAAUGAAGGCUUCGAAGAUCUCGAGAAUGGGGAUGGCGACGAAGAGGAGGAAAGAAAUGAAGAAAAGGAAGUAGAAGACGACUCACCAGAAACUCGCGAAGAAAAGCGUCUCAAGGCUAUCGCGGAGAAGAAGGAAAAGUUGAAGAAAAAGUUCGAUGAGCAAUAUGAUGACGAUGAAGAUGGUGAGAAGAUGGACUUUUACGAUGAGCGUAAACAGGAGAUGGCAAAAAAGCUAGAAGAUAAUGCAGCAGAGUUUGCUGAUGAUGAUCCAGAAAUUCGACAGCAAGUUGAAGGUUUUAGAUCUGGUACCUACGUACGUCUGGAAUUAGAUCGUGUUCCAUGCGAGAUGGUAAACAACUUCAACCCUUCUGUUCCUGUAAUAGUUGGUGGAUUACUGCCAAUUGAAAUGCAAUUCGGAUAUGCGCAAUCAAGAUUAAUCAAGCACAGAUGGCAUGGAAAAAUUUUGAAGACCAAUGAUCCAUUGAUCAUUUCGUUGGGUUGGAGAAGGUUCCAGUCCAUACCGAUCUAUUCACUUGAGGAUAGAUCAAUUCGUAACAGAAUGCUGAAAUACACACCUGAACACGCGCACUGCUUGGCAUCUUUCUAUGGUCCAUUAGCUACGCCAAAUACCGCGUUCUGUGCUUUCAAUACUUUAUCGAACGAUACACCGGCUUUCAGAAUCAGUGCAACAGGUCUGAUUUUGGACAAUGACAAGAGUACUGAGAUAGUUAAAAAAUUGAAGCUUACAGGUACGGCCAUGAAGGUGCAUCACAAUACGGCAUUCAUCAAGGAUAUGUUUAACUCUGCUUUGGAAGUUGCUAAAUUUGAGGGUGCUCAUUUGCGCACAGUCUCUGGCAUAAGAGGACAAAUUAAAAAGGCUAUCAGUAAACCAGAAGGAGCUUUCAGAGCUACGUUUGAAGACAAGCUAAAGAUGUCAGACAUCAUAUUCCUGCGUGCUUGGUAUGGCAUCCAGCCACGCAAAUUCUACAACCCAGUAACGAGUCUUCUCGAUGGAGACUGGCAGGGAAUGAAGUUGACAGGUGCGAUUAGAAAGGAGAGACACAUGAAGACUCCUCUGGAUAUCAACUCAGCAUAUAAACCUGUCGUUCGUCACAACAAGAAGUUCAACCCACUCAAAAUACCUAAGCAUCUUCAAGCCAAGCUACCAUACGCGUCGAAGCCAAAACUGACCAAGCCACAAAAGAAUGAGACGUACAUGCAAAAGAGAGCUGUAGUUAUGGAACCUGAGCAAAAGAGAGCGGUAGCGCUGAUUCAGCAGAUGAGAGCCAUCGAUAAGGACAAAGGUGCAAAGAGAUCUGCCAAGAAAGAUGAGAAGAGAGAUGAGCGUCAGAAGAACCUCAACAAGAUAGAGGAAAGACGUCAAGAUCACCGCAAAGAAGAGCGCAAAGAGGCCAUGAAGAAGCUGGGUAUAAAGCGUGCUAUUAGUGAAAACAGCGGAGGCUCAAAGAAGAGAGCGCGUAAAUAG